CAGAGGUGCACUCAAAAAAACAACAACAAACAAACAAAAAAAACACUGCAUGCAUGCGCACCCACACCGAGACGCACGCACUCGCGGCGGGGCGUGCGCGGGACGGCUUCGAGAUUUAAGUGGCCGGGGCGGGACGUUGCGCCGGAGCGAGGCGGGGACACGGGCCGCGCUCCGGUCGGGUUGGUGGACAGCUGAUUGUCCGUGUCAUUAACGGAGCUCGGGAGGGAGAGAGGCGUUCCCAGAAACCACGCCUCCUUCGCUUUACUAUAGUUUCUCCUGUUUGGCAUCCCAGAGAUGGUCCGAAGUGAUUCCUCAGGGGAAGUGAAAAGAGCGCAAAUCACCCGAGCAGGAGCGGGCGCAGCCGAGCGGCGGAUAUACCCAGGACCGCCUUCUUAAUUGCGCUAAUCUUCCGUUUUUAUCCAUCUGAGCCGGAAGGAGGACUUUUGCUUUGAAAGCGACGGAGCAAAGAGAGAAAACUGUUUCAUCUUUCAUCUUUGGCCCUGUUUGUUGCAAAAACUGACAUCCUUUUUUUUUUUUUUUUAUUGCUUGUUUCUUUUUUGUUUUGUUUUUAUCAGCUGUACCUUGAUCCGAGGAGGAGAGGCGGGGGGACUGUCGCCGACUCAGCGCGCACUCUCAUCCUGCGCUUCCCCCUUUCAUCGCUCUCACGUCGCUCCUCUUCACAGCUGCUGCCUCCCAUUCUUCCUCAACAUGAGGAGCAGCUAACCCUGGAUGCUGACAGCUCCCCUUUUUCUUCCCCACAUGUCGCAUCUUUUGUUUACUUUGAGUGGAACGCGCGCGUCUAAACACCGAGCGGAAUAGACCCACGCCACUUUGCUCCUGUGACAGCGCUAUCAAAGGGAGACGCCGAGAGGCGAGGAGGGGAGGCAGAGAAGAGAGGGAAAAGGAGGAUAGAGACAGAGGCGAGAGAGAGAGAGAGAGAGAGAGAGAGGACGACAGAGAGAGAGAGAGACAGAGUGAAGGUGCGUUUUGAUGUUUGGCAUCCACGAGAGCAUCCAGAGGAGUGGGAGUAGUAUGAAAGAGGAGCCCAUGGUGGCCGGGAUGAACGCGGUUCGGACAUGGAUGCAGGGCGCCGGAGUGCUGGACGCCAACACAGCCGCCCAGAGCGGAGUGGGUCUCGCUCGGGCGCACUUCGAGAAGCAGCCGCCCUCCAACCUCCGCAAGUCCAACUUCUUCCACUUCGUCCUGGCUUUGUACGACAGACAGGGUCAGCCGGUGGAAAUAGAACGGACCACAUUUGUCGACUUUGUGGAGAAAGAAAAGGAAACGACGGGGGAAAAGACCAACAAUGGCAUUCAUUAUAGGCUUCAGCUCCUCUACAGUAACGGAAUCCGGACAGAGCAGGACUUAUAUGUUCGGCUCAUUGACUCCAUGACUAAACAGGCGAUUGUCUAUGAGGGUCAGGAUAAAAAUCCAGAGAUGUGCCGGGUCCUGUUAACCCAUGAGAUUAUGUGCAGUCGGUGCUGUGACAAGAAGAGUUGCGGCAACAGGAAUGAAACCCCAUCAGACCCUGUCAUCAUUGACAGGUUCUUCCUCAAGUUCUUCCUGAAGUGCAACCAGAACUGCCUGAAGAACGCAGGGAACCCUCGAGACAUGAGGCGUUUUCAGAAUCUAAUCUGUGAUGUGGGAUUUUUUUGUUGUUGUUUUCCAGCAACCCCCAGCAUCAAAGCCAUCAGUCCCAGUGAAGGGUGGACAACAGGGGGCGCAACGGUCAUCAUCAUCGGAGACAACUUCUUCGAUGGCCUCCAAGUCAUUUUUGGAACGAUGCUUGUCUGGAGUGAGUUGAUCACUCCCCACGCCAUCCGUGUGCAGACCCCGCCCAGGCACAUCCCAGGGGUGGUGGAAGUCACGCUGUCCUACAAAUCGAAACAGUUCUGCAAAGGCACACCUGGACGCUUCAUCUACACAGCACUAAACGAGCCAACAAUAGACUACGGCUUCCAGAGAUUACAGAAGGUCAUCCCCAGACACCCUGGAGACCAGGAGCGAUUACCCAAGGAGGUGAUUUUAAAGAGAGCCGCCGACCUGGUGGAAGCCUUGUACGGGAUGCCUCACAAUAACCAGGAGAUGAUUCUGAAACGAGCGGCGGACAUCGCAGAGGCCCUCUACACGACAGUGCCGCGGGGGCACAACCAGCUCGCCAGUCUGGGCAGCAGCUCCGUCCACGCCGGCAUGAUGGCCGUAAACUCCUUCACCGGGUCGGAGGUGGCACAAACGGCCAAUCAGGGUUUCAGUAGAAGCACAAGCAGUGUGUCCCCUCAUGGUUAUGUCCCCAGCUCCACACCUCAGCAGGGCAGCUACAGCUCUGUCUCCACUAGCAUGAAUGGCUACGCUAAUUCUGGCAUGGCAACCCUGGGCACUUCACCCAACUUCCUCAAUGGAUCAGCAGGCAACUCGCCCUAUGCUAUCGUCCCAUCCAGCCCGACCAUGGCGUCCUCAACCAGCCUGGCGUCCAACUGCAGCAGCUCCUCCGGCAUCUUCUCCUUCUCUCCGGCCAACAUGGUCUCCGCCGCCGUCAAGCAGAAGAGCGCCUUCGCCCCCGUCGUUCGGCCCCAGAACUCGCCUCCUCCCACCUGCACCAGCGCUAACGCUAACAGCCUGCAAGAUCAAUCUUUUGUGGAUUCUAGCAAGUACUCAUCAGCCAGUUCUCUGCAGGGCCUGGCCUUCUCCUGAACAAUCCCUGGGAUGAUUGUUCCACCCAUGUAGAGAAUGUGGGAAGCUGGAGAUUUUUGGGGAGAGCGUUGAGAGGAAAAGGCACAGUAGCGGAGUCUGGCGAGCCUCUGCUGCUCUCCAGAGCUUCAGUKAAGGAAGCAAAGAUAAGACGCUGGACUAUAAAACUCAGGCCUGUCCAAUGGGAUAUCAUCGGAAUUGGAUGUGGAAGAAGAUAAAGGGGACAUAUUGAGCCUUUGUGAUGUUUCUUUUUUUUGUUUUUUGGGGUUUUUUCCCCUUUUUUUUUGGUCGAAUUAGUGUAGCAUCUCUGACACCAUGUCGGAUGGAGUGUAAAGAGACUGAUCGCUUGCCCACAGUGUGACACUGACCUCAUGAAAAGAGCAUUUAUUUAUCUUGAUGUUUAUGGCUGGAAGCUUUGGGUUUGAUUACGGAAACCACACCUCCCAUACCUUCCCCCCCACCACCCACCCACUCCUCGCCGUUUUGCGCCCAGUACCGUCCAUGAAGUUCUCCAUUUGACUCGCACGGGUCUGCAACACAAUACGCAAAGAAAAUCGUAGAAGAGAACCAAUUCCACCAUCGAUAUUUGCUGCUAAUUCUCUCACAAAUCUAAAGAGUUGUCCUUUAAAAAUACCCCCACCCGCCUUCUGUGUUUUAGGUUCCCUUCCGCGUUUUGUUUGUUUGUAUGAAUUUUUGAUAAAACUGUGAGGAUUGAGCUGUUUGCAAUAUGCUUUUCUCUGCUUUAUCGUGUGAAGGAAAAGGUGAAGAUUUUACCUUUUGUUUUUUUUCUUUUCGUUUGGAGAUGUUAGUAAAGACUUGAAAAGCCGGAGGAUGCGCGCGUCCAGCCAGCACUGUUACUGAAGGAGCCUAGCAAUGAUCAAAUUUAAAAAAAAAAAAAAAAAAAGUGUGAUAUAUGUGAUAUAUUUUUGUAUAUAUUAAAUAAAAAGUUGACUUUUGUUCCUUUUUUAAAAAAAUAAAUAAAAAUCUGGCAUCUCGUUUCCUUUCGCGGUAGCUAUAGUUUGGGAUGUGAGCAUUAAAACGUCUUAUGGCAGCUUCUCAGUACAGACAAUAGAUUUUUUUUUUCUGUGUUGUCAAUAUCUCAUCUGCAAAACACGGAUUUGGAUUCGAAAAAAA